AUGCUAUCUUUCAAACCAUUUGUGAAUCUGCGUCUUUCAUUCCGCCAACUCAAAGCCGGUCAUGAAUUUUUACAAGCUGCUGCUUCGUUUUCAAAACCUCAUCGGUUCGUUAACCUCAAUAAUACUGUUGCGAGAUGGUCUUCUCAACACAACACUCAAGAAGUGAUCACAUCUACGGUAGCUAAUGUCAAAACCAAACGUCCAGUCAGAGGAAAGAAACUAAUCCAAGGGACUGUUGAAAAAACAGGAUUCUGGAAUGUCGUUGCUGUGGCUACCGCCGAAGAAUACGACUUGGAGAACGCGUAUAAAGCUUUGAAUAAAAGUGAUAAAUACAAACCAUCGGAUUUCUUUCUUCAAGUAUACGAAAGUGUCGCCAAAAGCAACGUUGAUAACGAAAGCAGAGAGAUAUUCUUAUUCAGGGAAGGAUCGCUGGUAGCCUGGAAUGUAUCCGAUGCAGAAAUUAAACACAUUAUAGAUUUCGUUAGCAAUUUUGAAAUCAAUCAGUACGAUAAUGCAGUAGUAAAUGAUGAAAUCGAAGUGAUGCCUUACACGUAUUCUAUCAACAGCAAGAAUAGUUUAUUGAACAAAGGAAACAUAUGUUUGACUCAAGAACAAGAUAAAUGCUCCUUCGAUAAAUACACAUUCUCCAAUGGAAUGACUAUAUCUGUGAAACUCGGUAUUUGGGAAUCGUUACUCGAUCGAUAUAUCGAAUCAUUAGCUCCUCUAACGAUGGAUUUAAAAAUGGGUAAACGAAUUAAAAUAUCCAGAGAAGAAAUGCUAAAGAAAACUGGCGAAUUGUACGCGUUGAAACAUUCCAUCAAUCUAUCGUCUGAUUUACUCGACGUACCAGAUUUCUACUGGGAACGAGAAGAUCUAGAAAAACUCUACUUGAAUACUUGCAGAUACUUCAAUAUUCCUCGUCGUACCAAGGUAAUUAACGAAAAAUUGAACCAUUGUAUAGAAUUAGUGGAUUUGUUAUCUUCGCAUUUGAGCGAUCGUCAUCAUAUACGUUUAGAACUGAUGAUAAUUGCAUUAAUUAUGAUAGAAGUUGCUUUUGAAAUCAUCCAUUAUGCUCAAGUGUUUUCGCAAAAUUGA